AUGUCGACUUUUGGUGGAGACGAAGUUUCUGCUAUAGUGCUUGACGUUGGUUCUUGUUGGACUCGUGCUGGUUACGCAGGCGAGGACUCGCCGAAAACCGUGUUUCCCACAUAUUACGGAUAUAUACCGGAAAACAGAGUUAUUAAUAAGUCAAAACUCGGCGCGAGUGAUCUUGGAGGGGGAGAAGGCUCACAACAAGUUGAGAAAAAAACAGAAAAAUAUGUAAUGGGAGAUAGUGAAAUAUCUGUAUGGCGAGAAUAUAUGGAAAUUAGAAAUCCAUUAAAAGAUGGAUUGAUUCAGGAUUGGGACGCGUUAGAACAUAUCUGGGAUUACGCGUUAAGUAAACGAUUAUCCGUUAAUCCUGUAGAACAUCCAUUGUUGGUGACCGAAGCAGCUUGGAGUACUAGAGAAAUACGGGAGACUCUUACUGAACUUGCUUUUGAAAAAUACAAUUGUUUGGCAUUCUAUACUGUAAAAAACCCGGUUCUUACUGCAUUUGCUUCAGGACGUCCAACGGCAAUUGUAUUAGAUUCUGGUGCAGCGACCACAAGCGUAGUUCCAGUUUUUGAUGGAUAUGUACUAAAAAAAGGAAUGCAAAGAUCGCCAAUUGCUGGGGAUUUCUUGUCUGAUCAAAUUUUACGACAAUUCGAACAACAAAAGAUUACUCUUAAUCCACAAUAUCUAGUUGCCAAUAAAUCCUUUACAGAACCUGAUACACCAGCCGUAUUCACUAAACGUGAUCGUUCAAAUACCACUGAUAGUUUUCAUAGAUUUCAGGCUAUGAAAGUAAUACAUGAAUAUAAGGAAACUGUUUGUCAAGUUUUUGAAUCGACUUAUAACGAGGCUAUAAUUGCAUCAAGACCAAUGAAAUCCUUUGAAUUUCCUGAUGGAUUUAAUACAUCAUUUGGUCCAGAAAGAUAUAAAGUUCCUGAAAUUCUAUUUCGACCACCAGAAUUUACAAUACAGCCUCAAGAAACAGGAGUUGACGUAGGAUCAUAUGUUGGAAUACCGGGUAUGAUAUAUAAUUGCCUAGCCACGUGUGAUGUUGAUAUGCGAGCAAAUUUUCUGGCGAAUCUUGUCUGCACCGGCGGAAGCACAUUAUUCCCGAAUUUCAUUGAUCGCGUAUAUCAAGAGUUGAAUCCUUCGUUUCCAGGGCAUCGUGUUAAAAUACAUGCACCCGUUAAUAGUGUCGAAAGAAAAUGUAGUGCAUGGUUGGGUGGUUCAAUACUCGCUUCUCUUGGGACAUUUCAUCAACUUUGGAUAUCAAGAAAAGAAUACGAUGAUCAUGGUAAAGUAAUUGUAGAAAAAAAAUGCGAAUAA